UUUACGCUUCUCCGUUCAUAGAGCGACGGCUUGGUUUCAGAGCGGAAUCGGCAGCCGAGGAGGGUCACGUCGGUCGUUGCUAUUUAGAUUUAGAAACACUGUCAAGCCGUGCAAGCGUGCGCCCUACGGAAGUAUCGCUUUACCAUUCGUUACGUGCGCGUAAGCCUCGUUUCCGUCGUCUUUUUAAAGCAAUGCGUGUGUAAAAAUAAAUAAUCACCGCGAGUUCACCUGCGUAACCGCGUGCCCUCGUUCGUUAUUUUUUUUCUUUUGAGGAGAACCGUAAGGAACCCCGUCUCGUGCGUCACCGUUUGUGUAACGCCUGAGCGCGUGGACUACAAUUAACCGUCCUGUUCCAGAUCUGAGGACCGCCGCGGUAACCUAACGGCACCACCAGGAUUUGCUACAUCAGCCUCGAAGAAACAAAACCUCUCGUUACAUUUCUACACUUCAGAGGGAAACAGAAACUCUAAAACAAACCGGAGAAAAUGCCGCUCGCGCAGCUUGCAGAACCAUGGCCCAAAAUGGAGCUCGUGCAGUUGGAGACAGAGGUGAGACUCAUUAACCUGGCAAAGAACGGACAAAGCACAACUGAAGAUGGAGUCACUCCAGGGGUCAAGAAAGCGUGUGACAUCAUGUGGGUGGAGAAGGACUUUGCCAAUAUUAACAGGAAGGACGAUGAUGUCAUCAAAGAGAUCAACAUUACACACGUGGUUAAAGAGGGCUCAGAGAAGGCAGAUCCCUCGCAGUUCGAGCUGCUCAAAGUGCUUGGACAGGGCUCCUUCGGAAAGGUGUUUCUGGUUCGGAAGGUGACGCCACCUGACAACAAUCAGCUCUAUGCCAUGAAAGUUCUUAAGAAAGCCACACUUAAAGUGCGCGAUCGAGUCCGGACAAAAAUGGAGAGAAACAUCCUCGCAGAUGUCAAUCACCCGUUUAUAGUCAAACUACACUAUGCCUUUCAGACAGAGGGGAAGCUGUAUUUGAUUCUGGAUUUUCUGCGGGGAGGUGAUCUCUUCACCAGACUGUCAAAAGAGGUUAUGUUCACAGAAGAAGACGUGAAGUUCUAUUUGGCAGAACUGGCUCUGGGUCUGGAUCACCUGCACGGCCUUGGCAUCAUCUACAGAGAUCUAAAACCUGAAAACAUCCUGUUAGAUGAAGAGGGCCAUAUCAAACUCACAGAUUUCGGCUUGUGUAAGGAGUCCAUAGACCAUGAGAAGAAGGCCUACUCAUUCUGUGGGACCGUGGAGUACAUGGCCCCCGAGGUGGUGAACAGGCAGGGCCACAUCCACAGCGCUGACUGGUGGUCAUUCGGGGUACUAAUGUUUGAGAUGCUUACAGGAUCUCUACCGUUCCAAGGAAAGGACCGAAAGGAAACCAUGAACCUCAUUCUGAAGGCACGGUUAGGGAUGCCCCAGUUUCUAAGUGCAGAAGCCCAGAGUCUGCUGAGAGCGCUGUUCAAGAGGAACCCAACUAACAGACUAGGCUCUGGUCCAGACGGUGCUGAGGAAAUCAAACGUCACUCCUUCUUUGCAACGAUUGACUGGAAUAAACUCUUUCGUCGGGAGAUCAAGCCUCCGUUUAAACCAGCCGUGGCUCGACCCGAUGACACUUUCUACUUCGACUCAGAGUUCACCUCCCGCACCCCUAAAGACUCUCCCGGUGUUCCCCCGAGUGCCGGAGCUCAUCAGCUUUUCCGUGGCUUCAGUUUCAUAGCCACAGCACUGCUGGAGGAAGAAGGCACAGAGGAAUCAGCUCCUCCUCACCCUGUGGUCCAGCAGUUGCAUGGAAAGAACUCAGUGUUCAGCGAUGGCUACACGCUAAAGGAGGAUAUCGGCAUGGGGUCUUUCUCUGUGUGCAAGCGCUGCAUCCAUAAAGCCACCAAUACAGAAUAUGCCGUCAAGGUCAUUGAUAAAACAAACACCGAUCCUUCAGAAGAGAUUGAGAUUCUGCUGCGGUACGGCCAACAUCCCAACAUCAUCACACUGAAAGAUGUGUAUGAUAACGGAAAGUUAGUUUUCCUGGUGACGGAGCUGAUGCGAGGCGGUGAGCUGCUUGAUCGAAUCCUCAAACAGAAGUUCUUCUCUGAGAGAGAAGCCAGCUCUGUUUUACACACCAUCACCAAGACUGUGGAGUAUCUGCACUCUCAGGGGGUUGUACACAGAGACCUGAAGCCCAGUAACAUCCUGUAUGUUGACGAAUCUGGAAAUCCGGAGUCACUGCGGAUCUGCGACUUCGGGUUCGCUAAACAACUGCGAGCAGACAACGGCCUCCUGAUGACUCCAUGCUACACGGCUAACUUUGUUGCUCCUGAGGUGCUGAAGAGGCAGGGCUAUGAUGAAGCGUGUGACAUUUGGAGUUUGGGAGUGUUGCUGUACACCAUGUUAGCAGGGUUCACUCCUUUUGCUAACGGUCCUGAGGACACACCAGAGGAGAUCCUGGGCAGGAUAGGAAGCGGACAUUUCACCCUGACCGGGGGCAACUGGGACGCGGUGUCAGACGCAGCCAAGGAUCUGGUGUCUAAGAUGCUGCAUGUGGACCCUCAUCAGAGACUAACAACUAGGCAGGUCCUUAAACACCCAUGGAUUGUGCAGAGAGAUCAGCUACCCAACAGCCAGCUGCAGCACCAAGAUGCCAAACUGGUUAAGGGGGCAAUGGCUGCCACUUACUCGGCCCUGAAGAGUUCCCAGCCAACACCUGAACUCAAACCCAUCGAGUCCUCAUUUCUCGCCCAAAGACGUGUGAAAAAGCUGCCCUCCACAUCUCUGUAGAUACUGAGAGAGCACACCAGAGAGAGGAGAGCACCAUGGAAGGGAACAAAAGCAGUACUGUAUGAAAGCCACUCUGAGGACAAAAAUCGCUCUCUACACCUCACACGCGCCAUCAGCAGGCUCACGGAGCUUAGACAAGCUGUCAAUCAAAGCAGACAGUGGCUGUGAUUGGCAGAUGGAGAUUGCAGUGCUGGGAUUUCAGUGUUCCAUUACUGUGUGUGUGUGUGUGUGUGUGUGUGUGUGUGUGUGUGUGUGUGUGUGUGUGUGUGUGUGUGUGUGUGUGUGUGUGUGUGGGAGAGUGCCAGUUAAAGUUACAGACUCUUAUUAGGAAUCAGUUGAUAUUGGUGGCCUGUUUGUGGUCCUGCUGUUCGGUUUCUUUCAUUUCUGUUUCUUUGUCUGUGCUGUAGGUUUUUUCCUGCUUCGCUUGCUUUGUUUAAUGUAAGUGGUUAAAUCAGUUUGAUCAUCACUCUGGAGUCCGGAACACAGAGAGACUACACAGACUGGGAAUGUUUGCAAGCUUUUGUCCUCCCAAGACAGCUCCUCCUGUGCUAUGGAUAUAAAAGCAUGAGAGUUGAGACUCUUACCAAGUGCAUUGUGGGUACAGGGGGUAGUUUUGCAUGACUGCUGAUGUGUAAAAAGACGUGUCGUUGCUUUGCCAUGCUGCACAUUGCUUUGUGACGUACAGGGCUCUGGAUGUACCAGUGUGUUUUCUUGCUUUUUUUUAAUCAUAUGAAAACAGAAUGAUGAUGAUGAAGAUGAAUAAUUAAAUCUCCUAAGAUUGAACCUCUGUAGUAGCACGCUAAAGUCUUGUAUUUCUCAACCGAGUGAUUUGUCUGGAUAUUGAUGCUGUCUUCUGUGUUUUCAUUGUUGGUUGCUUGUGAUUAUGUUGUUUUGUUCAUUCCGUCAACGUCCAGUCAUUUUAUUAAAGCAUGCUGAGCACAACUGAGACAAGGGUAAAAACCAGAGAAGUGACUGCAGGUCUUUGUAUUUGUUUUUUCUUUUCUUUUUUUUAGAAUCUGUUCUUCUUGUGUUCAGAUGCCAGUUUGAAAGUGUAUCGACUGGUAAUUUGCUGUCACACACUCUUGGGGAAAUAGAGACUAACUUCCCAGAGUCAGCAUGGAUCUGAUUCGUUUCUGAAUCUCCACUAAGCAAAAGAGGGACUUUGCUAAUUAAUUCCACCUCUCCUUUUUUUCUGCUCAACAUAGACACUCGUAAGCAUAAACACACAUACGCCCACAGUGACUUUAGGAAGAACAUGCAUGCUGUCACAUUCUAUAUUUUGACACUGACAUUUUCAAAGCCAUCGUCUGCCUAGUGCUACAGUGUCAAAACAGCCUGAAAAUAGUCUGAACUGAAAACGAUUCACACGUUUAGCUGUCAUUUUGGUCAGACAGGAGGGGGAGAGGUUUCAUUGACAUAUUUGAUGGCCCUUUUUCCCAAAACAUUAAAUAAGGUCAUUUUCAUUUCUCCAAAAAAAAAAAAAAAAGCAAAUAGCUAAAUUGAAUCAUUUCGGACUGAUUCAGUAUGAGCUGUUAUGUAAUGAAUCAUAUUGUAAAAUGAAUCAUUACAAGGGUCGGUUUAAGUAAUAAAUAAAAAAAUAAUAAUUCCCUUAUGAGCCUCUUAUAAGUUAGCUGUUUGCUUUUCAUAUUGAAUCUCUUCACACUAAAUGACUCAACUGAACCAGUGAAUCAUUUGCAAAAGAAUUGAUUAGAUUGGAUAAUGGAUAUUGAAUCGUUUCUUCACAACUCUGGUCAUUAUACUGAAAUCAUGAGUGGUGUUUGACGGAGCAGUGAAUGAGAGCUGAUGGUGUUUCAGGGCAGAGUAACUAUGUGACGCACCUUUGUACGCUGUAUGUUGUUAAAGUAUAUAUUAUACAUAUGUUUUCCUGUGUUCGGCAAAGAUUCGGUCCGUUUCUGAAGGCUGAUCUAAGACUUCUUUCCUCAAUUAUGCUUCAGAGGUUUGUCCCUAAUGUGUCAAUUGCUUUCUUCAUAUCUUUAAAAUAAAAAAUAA